AAGAGAAAGAGGAAAAGAAAAGAAAGAAGAAAAUGAAAAAGAAAAGAAGACUUCUUGCUCUCCGGAAUGUGCUCAGACAGCAGCUGACUGGAAACGCAGAGAAUCAUCUAUCUUACUCCUACGGCCACCGUAGCGCGAGGGCGGAGCCCACUGUGCUGCGCAUGCCCAGAGGGGUGAACAGGUUGGCUUCGCGCUCCGGGAAGGAAGCCGGAGAACAGGUUAUGUGGGGGCUGGCGGUGGCAUUUGCCAGGGACACCGCACGCGAGCCGGAAGUGCAGGCUGCGCCAGCCGCGGCGCAAGAGCUCCGGGCUAGACGGUGGCGACGGCGACCCCUCGGCGGGAGGAGGACGAUGAGGAGCGGCGGGGGCGGCGCGGGGCCUCGCUGCUGCGCGGAGCCGGGUUCCGAGCCCGCGGCCGACUGCGCAUCCCGCCCGCGAGCCUGAGUGAGUGCGGCGGGGACGCGGGCCGCCUCUCCGACCUCCCCACCCCGCAGCUCGGAGCCGGGAGCCCGAGUCUCCCUCCGUCCCUUCCCCUCCCCUGCCUGGAACAGUCGGUCAGCAAACCCCGGGCUUGGGUCGAAGGGACGGGCGCGUUUGUCUGUAACAGGGUGAAAUGUUGCCGGAUAAAGAGCCUCACAGAACUUAACUGCUCUAAUUUCUUCUCUGCUGGCCUUGGCAAGACACCUACGUGGAGCUGCCAUGGAAAAACCCUGGAUGCUGUGGAGCUUCAUCGAAAGAUGGCUGCUGGCCCUGGUGUCCUGGUCUUGGGCUCUCUGCCGCAUCUCUCUCUUACCUUUGAUAGUGACUUUUCAUCUGUAUGGAGGCAUUGUCUUACUGUUGUUAAUAUUCGUGUCGAUUGCAGGCAUCUUGUAUAAAUUCCAGGAUGUCUUGCUCUACUUUCCAGAACAGCCAUCGUCUUCCCGCCUUUAUGUUCCCAUGCCUACGGGUAUUCCCCAUGAAAAUAUUUUCAUCAGAACCAAAGAUGGCGUGCGCCUGAAUCUGAUCUUGGUGAGAUACACUGGAGACAAUUCCCCCUAUUGCCCGACAAUAAUUUAUUUUCAUGGAAAUGCAGGCAACAUAGGCCACAGGUUACCAAACGCACUGCUUAUGCUGGUGAACCUCAAAGUGAACCUCGUUCUUGUUGAUUACCGGGGGUAUGGAAAAAGUGAAGGGGAAGCCAGUGAAGAAGGACUGUAUUUGGAUUCUGAAGCUGUGCUAGACUAUGUGAUGACGAGACCUGAUCUCGAUAAAACCAAGGUUUUCCUUUUCGGCCGCUCCCUGGGAGGAGCAGUGGCCAUUCACUUGGCUUCUGAGAAUUCUCACAGAAUUUCAGCCAUCAUGGUGGAGAACACGUUCCUCAGCAUACCACACAUGGCCAGCACUCUGUUUUCAUUCUUCCCAAUGCGUUACCUUCCUUUAUGGUGCUAUAAAAAUAAGUUUCUGUCCUACAGAAAGAUCUCCCAGUGCAGGAUGCCUUCUCUCUUCAUCUCUGGCCUCUCUGACCAGUUGAUUCCACCUGUGAUGAUGAAACAGCUCUACGAGCUCUCCCCAUCCCGGACUAAGAGAUUAGCCAUUUUCCCAGAUGGGACGCACAACGACACGUGGCAGUGCCAAGGCUACUUCACUGCACUAGAACAGUUUAUCAAGGAAGUGAUCAAGAGUCAUUCUCCCGAAGACAUGACAAAAACAUCAUCCAAUGUCACCAUCAUCUGAUGCCACCCUCUUGAUGGAGGGUGAUGGUGUCUUUUCUGGGUGUGUGUCCAUACCGGUCUGCACAGUGACUCUGAGCUUUGAAAGGCCUCAGCAUUCCAUUCUGACGAUGCUGUAACUUUCCACAUUUUCAAACUGGGCUUCUUAGAGUGUUUGAUAUCCCCAUCAGAGCUCCAGCCUGGUGAACUACCCUUAACUUUGUUUAACAUACCGGUUUGAUAGAUGCCAUCCAGAGGUUUCUUGUUGGCGAAGUGGUAAGAUCUAGGUUGUACUCAGAUGGAGAUGCGCACAAGAAACCUUCAGGUGUCUGUCAGUCCUUUAGUGAUAGUGGGACAAUCACGGGAAGCAAGCAAGUGCUGCUGCGUUUUCACCUUAAACGUUAGGAUGAAGUGCAUGGCGGUGUUUAUUCCUCACUUAUGCAACGCGAUAUUUUCAUGUAAAUAGCACUGGUCACAUGCCAAUGUACAUGGUUUCCUGGGUUAUAUCUAUUUUUAUGUAAACUCUAUUUUGUUUUGGUGAGGAAUGAGUGUGAGGCCUGUGAGCAGAUUCCAUGUUCUGCUGCUACUGAGAUCCGGCUUUUCCUAAUAAUAAACAGGACCUUUUUCCAAUAUAGAUGUGCUGUGUUUUUGUUAGGAGCUGUCUGGAGCGUGCCUAGUGGGAUAGGAAGUUAGCAUUGUACUGCAGCUUUCUUUGUAUACUGAACAUUUUAAACAUUUGUGACUUUGGUUGCAAACAGAAUUUUAGCCUCUGUCAGUUUGAAUCUUCAGAUAAACAAUAACAGCCACAGCAAGGGCUAGAACUAGCCGAUAGUUGAGUGAGGGUAACUCAAGACAUGUGAGCACACAGCCUUAUGCAACGCUUUCAUCUGAAUGAAGUCCCAGUACCUGGAUGUGCCUGACCUGACAGAGGCAAGCAUCAUUUAUUGAACUUUUUGCAACUUUUUCAAGAUGAAAGAAAAACAAAAAAGCAAAUAACCAAGUAUGGCUUAAUAUUCCAGUUCUGGGUAAUGGACUGUAUAAAGGGACAGUCUUAGGAAAAUUUGUCAGUCUUUACUGGUGGGAUUGAAGGAUUCCAAAGCUUCUCUCUGCCUCUUAUACAGGUAGCAAUUAAGGAGCUGUAGGUGGGAAGUUGUACUUGUCAACAUGAGCCCUUUGAAGCCUGGAAACAUUUGGUAACAUUCCAGUCAGGAGGUGGAACCUGCCAAGUCCUUUCCCACAGUCCUCACCAGGUAGAUGGCUUGAGCCCUUGCACAUUAGGUCAGCUCCAACCCAUGAUUGCAGAUAGCUUAGCUGUGUUUUUUGACCUUCCACAAGCAGCUAGAGCACAGUAAUAGUCUUGACCUUUAUUUAAAACUUUCCAUGAACAUAGGGCUAGAAGUACUUUUGCCAAGUAGCAUUCUUAGCCUUCAUUUUAUGCCAAUGUUUAGAAAACAAUAAUGUAUAGCAAGUAUAAUUUCUAAAGAAUAAUGCUUUUCUAUAAAUUAUUAAUUGUAAAGAGUCUUGUUUUUUAAAGAGUUGGUAACUCGUCAUGGAGGGUGUAUUUUGUAUGUGUAAAUUCACCACAAUUAAAGGCUGCUUUUCACCUUGUCAAUCAUUGCUGUAGAAUGACGAUCCUGAGUACCAGCCUGCUGAAAGGGCAACACGUAGCAACAGCCAGAGUGUAGACCUGAGCUGUCAUGGCAUACUUAGUUAGUUUUUACAUUUACAGGGUACUGUAUUGGAGUUCUGUUUUCAUUCAUUUACCAAUGUGUUUUUUGGAUCAUCCACUGAAAUAGGACAGCUGCUCCUUCCUUGAUGUUUUCUCUGCUGCUUUCUGUUCAGCUUUUGCUGAUCGGGACCUGAGGGGUAGAAGAACGGCACUCAAGUGUACCUACCACCUUGCCCUACGAGAGCGAACACUUCACCUCAGCAGAGACAACUAUGUUUAGGGAUGUAGAACAUCUCUCAUUACCAGCUAUGUAUUUGAUAUGAGUACUUUAGAUGAAUAGGCAUAGAAAACAAACUCAUACUGUCAGGGGCCAUGAUGCACCCCUGCAUCAUUUCUGAAAACUCAUGUGGUCUCAGUGGAACAUGACUACUGCAGGCGUCACCCCUUCACUUCAGACUCAUCGUUGGUGGGGAUGCCGUGGUCUGUCAACUCCUGGCUCAUUGAGAGAUGGAUAAAUGAUCUUAAGUUAUGCAGCUACUAUGAAUUUGGAAAUACAAAAAUCAUCCUAAACAGGACAAGAUAAACUUAGGGGAAAAAAAUCUUAAACUCCAUAUUUUAAAGAAUGAUAGAGAGUGAGAGAAGAACUUAGUUAAAAAACAAUCUUAAAUUCUGUAUUUUAAAGAAUAAUAGAGAACAAGACUUAGGUGACCCUUGUGCCUCAUGUAAGUGUCUUAAAAGUUUUGAUUGUGGUGACACAUCCAUUAAAUGUUACUAUAAAAUGGGUUACUCAACAGCUUAUGUUGGCCUGAGACACUUAUGGAUGAGCUGAGACACUUAGUGUUGAGACAGAUCAUGGUUCUGGUGACAUCACUGGAGUGUCCCUGAAGUUUACACCUACUGAUGCUUGCCCUUCUGUCAGGCUUGGCUUGGGUGGGAGUUGACCUGGUAGACAUGUUUCACAUUGGAUGCAUAUCAGUCAGCCUGCACAUCAGAUAUUUACAUUAUGAUUCAUAACAGCAAAAUUAUAUUUAGGAAGUAGCAACAAAUAAUUUUAUGGUUGGAGGGUCACAACAGACAACAUGAGGAAACUGCAUUAAAGGGUCACAGGCUUGGCAAGGUUGAGAACCAUUGAUCUAGGCUGUCAUUGACAUAUUUGAGCCCUCUGAUUAUCCCUCAAGCCUUUAUCCUAUCCUAUCAUGUUUGACAAUUAUAUAUUUUAAAGAGAACUGCAAAGAAAAAUUAGUCAUAAGUAACUCUUUUGGAAUGUCUACUUAGGUAUUGUCAUGUGACUCAGGUAAAGUUAGAAUUGAUACAGAACAGGGGUCUAUUUUCUAGCUUGCUAGAGUAGAAAAUGCAAAACUGUAUUCUCAUUGCAUAUGCACCUCCCUUCCCCUCAUCGGAAGCACUGCUGCCUUGUCUGACAGCAGGUAGGCGAUCAUCCUAUUCUAGUCAACAUUUGCCAAUGACACAGAUAUACCUCCAUUUAUAUUUUGUAUUUUAAAAAAGUAGACAAAAGAUAGAACUGUAUAACCCACACUUUUUGACAAAAAGUGCAAUAUAAACAUUUAACAGAUGUGUGUGCAACAUCAUUUAUGUCAAUUUCUGUCAAUACAAGAUGUACUAAAAUUCAUCUUCCAUAUAGGAGCAUUCAGUAUGAAGUAAGUUAGUUCAGUUUCAUAAUCUGAGCCAUAAUUUUGUUGUUGCCAUAUUUUCUUUGAAAUAGUAAUAAAAUUUUAUAGCUCAAAUUCUAAUGUCCUCUUAACUAUGUGCUUACCCUGGCAAGGAAACAUUUGUGGGGUUUUGUGGUUGGUUUUUGGUUCAUUUUUCUUUCUUUCUUUUUUUUUUUUUUUUACAUUUCUCUUAAGGUAUACUAUCUAUUUUUCUGUACUGACAUGCAAUAAAUUGAUACAUGAACAGCUUGAUUAAUGUCAGAUAGUUUGUAUUCAGUCUUUUUAAGAAUUCUAUUCAUGUAAAGUCUAUCUUAGGACGUUAAGUUAUCUAACGGUUCAAUAAAACCACGAGUUUCACUGAAAGUAAUGAAUCUUAUUCUAAUCGUGUGGAUGAAAAUGUUUGCAUUUCCUUUUCCCAAGAAUAUAGCAGUCCUUUGUGCAUUUAGGCUGAUAAUCAAAAACAUUUCUACAUAUGAACUGCUGCUGAGUUCCUAAGCCCCAAACAUCUUUUCAGUCAUAUGGUUGUUGUUGGACUGUCUCCUUGUCUUCAGACUUCAUAAAAUACUCUAAGAAAUUUUGAUGGUUGUUUUCCUCCCAUUUGUGUUUUAGUUGAUGAUUCCAGAUGAUUAAAAUAGUCUUACAGUUCA